GAAAACAGCUGAUUUUAGACUCACUAGUCCGGAGUCCCUCUUCUCUUUUAGUCACUUAGUAGUGAGUCACAGCCGGUUCAUGUGUAAACAACAACAAUUCAAAACAAAGUGAACAAUUGUUGGAAAAACAAUUAAGCGAUAUUAACUAAAAUGUCGAGUAAAUCAGGGGGCGGAGGCGGUUGCAGGGCGGAAGAUGGAGUACCGGAUAUGACCAGAAUAUCAGAUAUGGACGAAAAUGGAAUAAAUAAAAAUUUACAGGUGAGGUUUGAACGAGGGGAUAUUUACACAUAUACCGGACCCAUCCUUGUAGCGGUCAAUCCAUACAGAGAAAUAGAUGUUUACAAUACUCAUACUGUCUCAAGUUAUCAUGGAGCUAAACUGGGUAGCUUGGAUCCUCAUGUAUUCGCCCUGGCAGAAUCAGCCUAUAUCAGCCUACAGUCGGAGACAGUGAACCAAUCUCUAGUUAUAUCAGGGGAAAGUGGAGCAGGGAAAACCGAGAAUACAAAGUUUAUCAUAGAAUAUUUGUGCAGGGUGACUGCUAACAUAUCUACCUGGGUUCAGCAGCAGAUACUGGAAGCUAACAAUAUUCUAGAAGCUUUUGGAAACGCUAAAACAAUCAGAAAUGAUAAUUCUUCAAGAUUUGGUCGGUUCAUGCAGGUCUGCUUUGAUUCAGGGUUCAAGAUUGCAGGAUGUGUUAUUCAGGAUUACCUGUUAGAGCAGUCCAGAAUUAUCCAUCAGAGUUCUAAAGAGAGGAAUUAUCAUGUUUUCUACCAGUUGACAGCAGCAGCUCUAAGGGAUAAAUCAUUAGCAGAACAGUUUCAGGUUCGUACCCCUGAAAGUUAUCAGUACCUAAAUCAGUCUGGGUGUACUACACUAGAUGGAAUUGAUGACGCGGACAAGUUUGAUACUCUUCGUCUUGCUUUAGAGAUAGUUCAGAUACCCAAGGAGAGCACAGAUUCUUUGUUUGCCGUUAUUUCUGCGAUUCUUUGGCUGGGUAACCUUCAAUACAGGGGUGAAAACAAUGAUGAGUGUUCCUCUGACAGCGCUGCUUUAACUGCAGAAGACAAGAAUAUACUGACAACAAUCUCUAGUUUACUAGCUGUAGAUUAUGACCAGCUAGUACAGGUUGCACUAGUUCGUCAAAUAAACAUCAGUGGAAACGUAACAAACAUUCCUUUGAAACUCCAGGUAAACAAACUUGUACUUUACCUAGAAUCUUUUAGGUCGGAGCAAACUCAAUUCAUCGGCAUCUUGGACAUCUUCGGGUUCGAAAACUUUGAGUCCAACAGCUUUGAGCAGCUGUGCAUCAACUACACGAACGAAAAGCUGCACAUGUUCUUUAACCACUACGUGUUCAAGAUAGAACAGGAGACUUAUAAAGAGGAGCAGAUUAAGUUCAAUCAUAUUACGUUUACAGAUAAUACAAGGUUUAAUAGAAAAUUUGAAAACCAUCAGGAUUAUGUAAAGGGAGAUGAUAGAAGAAUGUGGGAUAAGGAGUUUGGUAUUCGACAUUAUGCUGGAACGGUAGUUUAUAAGGUUGAAGGUUUUGUCUCUAAGAACAGAGAUAGUCAACAAGAUGUUUUCUUUGAUAUUCUCGGCAAGUCACAAUCCAAGUUUGUUCUAGAACUUUGUGAAUUCAGGGAUCUGUUGUCCAAGGUUGCCCAACUAGGAGAUGUGAAGGGAGAUGGAUCAUUUAGUAAAGGAACAGUAAAGAGAAUGACGAACAGAGCUAAACCAACGGUUAGUGAUGCCUUCCGAUUACAGUUACAAGUUCUAGUUGCUGUUUUAGAAAACACGAAUCCAUGGUAUGUGAGAUGCAUCAAACCAAACAUGGAUAAAUCUCCAGGACUAUAUGAUCAGAAACUAGUGCUGGAUCAACUUAGGUAUCUGGGAAUGCUUGAGAUAAUAAGAAUAAAAAAACAGGGUUUCCCUGUACACUAUCCAUUCAGUGAUUUUAAAACAAGAUAUGUUUGUAUCAAUAUCAAGAACAGAUUCAAGAUACCUAAAGAUGAGAAGGAAGGAGUCAGGUUUAUGCUGCGGGCUGAAGGAAUGGCGUCUACAGAAUGGCAGAUUGGAAAAACUAAAGUAUUUCUGAGAAGCUGUGUUCAUGAACCAUUAGAGGAGAAACGACGACAAGUUCUCAGGAGGUCAGCAAUCCUGAUCCAGAAGAUGUAUAGAGGCCGGGUGUUGAGGUUACGAUAUAUCCGCAUGGUUGCUGCAGCUAAGAGAAUACAAGAAUAUUUCUUCUCAUGGAAAUUCAGGUUUCAGUUUAUUCAGCAAAGAAGAGCAGCAGUUGUUAUUCAAGCACAUCUUAGAGGAAUGUUUGCGCGUGAGGUUGCUGUAGCACUCCGUGAGGCGCGCCGGGUUGAAGAGGAACGGCGGAGGCAGGAACGUUUGGCGGAGGAGCGGGAGCGGCGGCAACUGGAGGUGACGCGAAGCAAGGCAGAUGAUGAAGAGGAGAAAUAUGAAUCAUUCUGCGGUUUAGCGGAUUUAGAUGGAACAGGAGCAGAGCUAGAAAUCAACAAGUUAGCUCAGCUGGCUGAUAAAAUUAACUCCCAGAUAUUAUCAGCUGAUGAUCAACAGGCUUUGAACCCGACCAAUGUAGACCUGGAUCAGCUCUUCAACUUCCUGUCCAUGGAGGUCCCGGAGUCAGUCAAGUCAGAAUCUGUGAGAAGUGAGUCAACGGACACUUACACUAGGGAUGGAGAUGUUGACGCUGCUGAGAAGACUUCUAUCCUGGAUGAGAUUGACCGGCAGAUGGCAGAUUUGCAGCAGGAGAUGGACCGCUACAGUCUUCAGGAGAGUAUAAGUGGAGCAGACAACGAAGAGACAGAGAACAGUGACGGAGUUUCUGACUCCGUAACAGACCCUAUCAUCACUCCGCCUCCGCCAGAGGAGUUUGACCGAGAGAUGUCAUAUUCACCACCACCCCUCCCUCCACCUGAACAUCAACCACUGCUAAACCUACAAAAACCAUCGUUGCCAGAGCCAGAAGGUCCACCACCCCCUCCACCGGUCCAGAAUGGAUAUGCCUUCUCCACAGGCCACUAUGAUGAAGAAGCUCAGAAGGCCAUGGACACCCUGAAACGCCAAAAAUCCAAACCCAAGAAUAAAGAACCUAUUUAUGAAUCUAUCAAACCACGCCCUGAGCCUGUUGGAGGAAGCGGAAACAGUCCUCCGAAAUCCGAGUAUGGAGUUUACAAGCAUCUACCUCCUACACCUACAAAUCUACCCCCUCCACCGGACAGUCAGUAUGGAUUCGGAGAAGAAAGGGUUCUGGUAGAUCCAUAUCCUAAGAAGAUUGAAAAUAAUUAUGGACAAGUUGGAGAGAGAGAGGAGACAUAUGGGAGAAAUGAAACUUACGGGAAGACAGAGACCUAUGGGAGGACAGGGGAGAGAGUAGAGACCUAUGGAAAGGUUGGAGAGACAUGUCCUAGAACUAGAAGAAGAUCCUCAUCAAGCUCUCCUGGGCCACUCAAGCGUGUCAGUCAGCCCACUCAGGCAAACUUGGGAGUAGAGGACCCUGAGCGGGAGGCGAGGCGUCUUCAAAGAGUCCGUCGUGAAUUGGAGAGAAUUCAAGAGGUUGAAGAGGAGAGGGAGCAUAAGAAAGAGGAGAUCCAUGAUAUCCUAGAGUUUGCAGAAAACUUCUUCAAUGACCAUGAGAAGUCUCCAAGUGGAACCAUAGUAGGCACGAUAAAGAGAAGCAAGACCAUGGAGAUCCUUGGUAAAAGUGAGAUGGUUUCCUAUUACAAAGGAAACUCUAUCCCUACUUCGCACAUUCACAUGUUCGAUCCUGAAAAUGUGAGUUUGGCUUGUAACAUCUUUAAGGAGUUGAAUAAGUAUGCUAAAGGUGAUCAUAAAGGAGAUGCUGAAAUCAAUAUAAUCCAGCAGAUUAUAGAGCUAGGGAUAGAACGGGAGGAACUCAGAGAUGAGAUAUUUGUUCAGGUUAUAAGACAGUUAACUAACAACCCUAGUGCUGACCAGGUGGAGCGGCUUUGGUUAUUACUGUGCCUGGUUGUUGUAGCCUUUCCACCCAGCAAAGUGCUCUUUAAAUACUUUGUUAGCUUCCUGCAAUUAAAUCUUGAGAGUGAGGGGAAAAUCCUUCAAUACGUUCAAUGGUGUCUGGAUAAUUCGAGCAGAAAUCAAGUUGAAACAAGGAAACUUCCACCAUCCUCUGUUGAAAUCGCUGCUAUGAAAAGACUUGGGACUAUUGUUUGUAGAUUUUUUUUCCUGGAUGGACGUACAAAAGCAAUUGAUGUUCAUCCAUGUGAUACAGCACAAGACUCGGUAGCUAAGCUAGCAGAGAAGAUUGGAUUGCAAAACAUUGAUGGAUGGGCACUUUAUGAAUCGGGACCAAACAGAGAAGCACAUAUAAAUAGCCAUCAUUAUCUUUAUGACGUCAUCAGCUCUUGGGAAAUUGAGCAGCUUCAAGACAAGAUAGGUCCAAAUAAAAACAGUCCGGCUAAACCACAGGUCAAGAAGCUUGCUGCUGCUUCUAGUGAUAACAGAUUUAUCUUCAAAAAGCGAUUGUUUAAACACACCAGGGAAAUUCCUUCUGAUCUGGUGGAGGUUAGCUUGCUCUAUGCACAAGCUGUUCACAGUGUGGUUAGAUGUGAUGAUCUUCCAGUGUCAGAGAAGGUUGCUUUACAACUAGCUGGACUUCAGGCUCAGGUAGCUUUAGGUGAUCCUGGUAGAGACAAGGUUGAACUCUACAAUGAAGUUGACAUGUUUCUUCCACAGAGGAUUAAGACUGCUCGGUUUAGCACUGAUGCUGAAUGGGUUCCAAUCCUUGCGGAAGCACAUGCUCAUUAUGGGUCUGGUAAAUCUGAUAUUGAAUCCAAAGUCUGGUAUCUAAGAUGUGUUAUGCAGUAUCCAUUAUAUGGUUCCACUAUGUUUCCUGUAACUUACCGUGGAUAUUGGGCUCAUGGUAACACACUGGUACUUGGCAUUAAUCCACUAGGUUUGAUAUUAAUCAAGCCUAAUCAAGAUGGUUCUAUUCUGUUCCAGUUUCCGUACCGAGAUAUUGAAUCUAUUCUACUUGAUCCUAAUGAAAAUGUUGUAACAAUCACUCUGAAAAAGGCUGAAACAGACAAGCAACGGGUAUUUGUUCUUGAAACUACAAGCAAGACUGAAGUAGGUAGCCUGGUAGCCAGCUAUCAUCCUGCACUAGCCAACUGGAUCAGAUCUGCUGAUGCUCCUUUAAGAAAGGUUAAGCAGAUAACUAAUGAAGACAGACAACGAUUAAACAAUCAGGUGGUAACAUGUAGACGGUCAUUGAUUGAAAGCAACUUCCUAAAGAAACCUGUUGAUGAUGGAAAAGGAUUUAUAAAAAAUACAUUGAGAAAAUUAAGUGCCAAAAAGUUGGAAAAACUACGUGCGGAAGCGCUGACAAAUGAGCAAGGAGAGGUUUAUAAAGGCUUCCCUCAUACAUUCUGGGCAUUUUUCAAAAGCACUCUAACACAAACUCUAUCAAUCAUGGCAGAGCAAGAUGAACAAGCAGCUCUUCAAAUAUUUAAUCUUAUUCUUACGUAUGCUGGGCUAAUUGUGGCGAGUAAAGAUGAAACAAUAGCCAAAAAUAAAGAUGAAACUGUAGUUCGAAGUAAGGACGAAGAUGACAGUCAUGUAGUGUUAAUCCAGACUGUAUUGGAUCGAGCCAUGAGGAAGGAUUGCCUGGUCAAUGAAGUUUUCCUGCAGUUGAUUAAACAGACAACUGAUCAUCCUGAACCUAACAGCAGGGUCAACCUUAGACACUGGUCACUCCUAGCACUAGCCUGCUCUGUUAUUCUUCCAGUAGACAAGAUGGUUCGGAAAUAUCUGUUGGCUCAUUUAAAGAAGUGUUCUGCAGAUUUUGUGACAGAAGAAGGAAAAUAUGCGCGGUUUGCAGAGAAAUGUUUUCACAAAACACUUGGGACACGCAGACGACAGUGGCCUCCAAGCAAGCAGGAAAUUCUGUGUACCAUCAACCGUCGGCCAAUCUAUGCUCGUUUCCACUUUAUGGACGGUCAGUUUCACACAGUGGAGUUUGAUCCUUCCUCCACUGCAGCUGAAGUUUUAAAGUUGGUUAUCCUCAAGAUUGGUCUUCGCGAGGAUGCUGGAGGAUAUGCUAUCUACGAGGUGUUGGGGCAGCAGGAGCGCAGCCUGCUGGCUGAUGAGAAGGUAGCGGAUGUUAUGUCCAAGUGGGAUAAAUACAGGGCUGCUGGAGGGACCUUGUCCCGUCAGAGCAGGCAUCACAUGUUCCUUUUCAAGAAACAUAUUUUCCUUGAUGAUUACAUAGAUCUCAGAGAUCCUGUAGAGAAGGAACUACUCUAUUAUCAGGUUCUAUGUGACCUGCGCUCUGAUCGGUUUCCGGUCACAGAUAUGGAGGCAGUGAUGCUCUGUGCACUCAGAGCACAAAUUGAGCUUGGCAACUUCUCAGGUGAAGGUGACUAUAGGCAGGUUAUGUCCCACUGUCUUCCCCCUAGACUACUUGUUCAUCUUCAGAAGGAUCAUGUUUCAAUGCAUCAUCAAUCCCUUAUAGGUAUGAGUGUUGAAGAGGCUAAGCAAGCAUUCUUGAAUUUAAUCCAGUGUUGGCCCCUCCAUAGAGCAACCUUGUUCGACGUGAACCAGACGUUCACCAGCAACUGGCCGAGGAACCUUUGGUUGGGAGUUGACCAGCGGGGCAUCCACCUCCUCGAGGCCAAGACGAGGAACGUGUUGACCACCUACGAAUUCGAGACCAUCAUGGACUACACGCCCAGCAUCAACCAUCUUCUCCUCAUAACAGGGAACGACAAGAAGCAGAGCAAGGUGAUCUUAAACACAAGCCAGGCAUUCCAGAUCUCAAACCUAGUUAGAGAAUAUUCAGAGACAAUUUUAGAGGCCCAACGGUUAGCGGAAACCCAGUUAGUCCCUCAGAAUUAGCGGACACUCAGAUAGUCCCUCAUAGUAAGCGGAAAUCCAGUUCGUUUCUCAAAAUUAGCGGAAACCCAUAUGGUUUCUCAUAAUUAACGGAAACCCACAUGGUCCCUCAUAAUUUGCGGAAACCAGAGAUAUUUAUCAGAAUCAGUAAAAAAAAACCAGAAUUAGCGGACGAUUCAAUUUUCUGAUGAGUGUGACGAAGAAAUCUGCAAAACAAAAAUUGAUGAAGAAAAAAGUCUAGUCUUAAUAUUCAGACCUGGUGUUUGCUUAGACAGUUGAAGAUUUAUAGGUUAAAUGAUUUAAAUGCGCGGAGAAUUCUUUUUUUUUUAAUUUGACUGAUAACUUUUAGCAUUAGAAAAGAAUUCCUGAAUAUUUAAAAAUUAAUAAUAGCAAUUCAUUAUUUUUAUGUAUCACUAUUUCUACUUCUUUACUUAUUUGUUUAACAUUUAUUUAGUGAAAGUGAAAAAAAUGAGUUAAAAUGUACUUAAACACCACUUUCUUUCAUUAAAAAAGAUAUAUUAUACCUGUUAACCUUAUGACCCAAUGCAACUCCAUGACGCAAAUUUUGAUCUCCGUCUUAAGCUUUUUAUUAUUUGUCUUACUUUUUUACUCUCAACAUUUGCAUAAAACAGUUUAUAACAUUUUAAAAAGUGUGUACACAUUUUGUGAUUCUUUAUGAGAAUGCCUUUAAGAGAUACGUUUCCAAAACAACUCAAUAACUGCCAAUUAAAACCGAAAAUGUUAGAACUACAUUUAAGAUUUGCUAAAACGUAGAAAAGGUUUCAGAUUUUGUAGUUUCAUUAGAUUUUCAAAUAUUCAGAUGUAAACACAUUUUGAAGGAGAAAUAAUAUCCAAAAUAAUUUUUAUGCUACCCUUCCCUUCGUCAGAGGACAAUUUGUUCUCUUUUUUUAUUUUUUUAUGUGAAACUUUUUAUAACGUAAGGCACUGUUUCAAUAGAAAAACAACAAUUUAUUGAAUAUUUUAGAGAGAAAUUACUCUUUAUAUGAUGUAAGCUUGUCGCCAGUGCCACUCUGCAAAUAAAGGUUCCGGUCAAAGAAAAAAAGAGCUGAAAGGGUCUUUUAAAAAUCAAAUCUAGAAAUAUCCUAUUUUUUAUUCAGAAUCUUCAUCAAGACAGUAGGGGCACUGGCAUAAUAGUGUACUUAGUCGUAAAAUAAUUUAGUAUUAUUAGUAGUCUACAUUCUACAGUCUACACUAUUCAGUGGUCCCAAAAAAAAAAACGAUGAACUAGGAAGACGACAAAAUAAAUAAUGUUAAAAGUUUUGGAGAACAACUAAUUCAAUUUGACUCGGGUCAUUUGUACACUGCGCAAUUGCUGUAUUUAAAGUUCUGAGGACUCGUAAAAAUCAUAACUUGAUCUAGUCCCCGCAGUUUUAUCGGUCCCACUGUUUAAUAAUAGAUUAGCUGUUUGCAAACAAAAUGACUGAAAUGUGUCGAAAACAAGAUGGCUUAAAUGUGUCGAGAACAAGAUGGCUGAAAUGUGUCGAAAUCAAGAUGGCUGAAAUGUCGCAAAAUUAGUUAAGAUCAGCAUUUUGAUGAUUGCACUUAAUGCAGAAUGUGAAUUUAAAGAUUUUACGAAACAAAUCUAUUAGUUCUAAUUGACCUGAUUGAAAAUAAGUUAAGUGUACAUUUUCGCUUCUAACAAUUUUUUACUCUUCUAAAAAAACAUUUAUUUUGACCCUAUGUAUUGUUAGAAUUCAACGGAAUUCUAAAUGCCUGAAAAAGAUGCAAAAUUAAUAAUACUAUGUAAGAUUAGUAGAAACUUUCGUUUUAUUAUUAUUAUUAUGAUCCGAACCUUGGAAUGUAAACCUGUAAAAUUGCUUGAACAGGGCUAAAAUUUUCUGUAAUUCCCCCGUUUUAAUUCACUUUUUCCUUUAAAAUUCAUCAUUUUCUCUGCAUAAAAAUUGACCAGGGUAACAAUUUAUUUUCAUUACCCCCUCCCCUGAAAUAUAUUAACCUAUUAUUUUUAAUCGCUCAUCCAUUAAAUUGAUAUUGAUAUUAACUUAUGUACAUAAAAUACAUCACCAUCCUGUUAUAAAAUAUUAAUAUGCUUGACCCGAGAAACCUGUUUUGUACUUUGUACAAUUUAUGAAAUAAAACUAGUCAUUUGAAAA